CACGCUGACGAACCAGUGACGCUCUCUUAUCACGUUUAAUCGUGCUGCCUGCUAGCACGUUGACUUGUUGGCCACGGCCUUUUCUACAAAAAGGCCCUUCCCUUCGCUCUAUGGUCUUCUGUCGCAGCCAUUCCAGUGAGAGUGGCAGAGCAUCUCUGUCACUCCAGCACUCUUUGGCAAGGUGUAUUCACCACGGCUUCAGUCCUUCCCAUUGCUACAGUUCCAUAGAUCCUGGUCAGCCUUAGACGCGACGUUAUCUGUUCCAUCGUCUCCCCGCUUCAGCCGCCGCUCCCAGACAUACUUCUCCAGCUCCCCGCUGUCCGCCACUGCGCAGACUUCCCAUUACCAGUCUACCAUGUCGUCAGAGUCGCUGAAUGCUCCGGAUGAAGGCGCCCGUGGGCGUAACCAGCAGAGAUCAACGCCUUCCGAGCCUCCUAACCCGCCCUAUGGGAAUGUAGCCUCCGUGAAGUCUAGCAUGUUUCCGCUAGGCUACAAGGAGGGAUUUAGCCAAUGGUGGGCGAGUAUUCCAGCAGCAGUAGCGGAGCAUCGCGUCCUAUCUUUUGUUCCCUUCCUACAACAACCUCCAACGCAGCGGCAGACCGGAAACACCGUAGAUGCCCCAACUGGCGCAACGCAUACUCUGGAGACACAGGACCGUAGCCAACAAGGCGAUGUAUCAGCGAAUUCAGUCAACGACCCGUACGGACCACGACGAUGGCGAUCAACAAUGGUUGAAUUGAGCGGGCAGAAUCGCGCUUUGAACGAGUUCUCUGUCGAGCGGGUUGGGGAGGAAGCUGACCAGAACCUAGUCAUGUUGCACGGCUACGGUGCUGGUCUGGGGUUCUUCUAUAAGAACUUUGAGCCUCUGAGUCGGCCCAAGGGUUGGCACUUGUAUGCGCUCGACAUGCUAGGGAUGGGUCGGAGUACUCGACCACCGUUCAAGGUUAAGGCUAAGAACCGCCAGGAGGCCAUCGCGGAAGCGGAAGCUUGGUUUAUUGAUGCUCUAGAGGAGUGGCGCAUCAAGAGAGGCAUCAAGCGCUUUACGUUGUUGGGUCACAGUCUCGGCGGGUACAUGGCAGUCGCAUAUGCGCUCAAGUAUCCCGGCCAUGUCAACAAACUUAUUCUUGCCUCUCCUGUGGGAAUACCAGAAGAUCCAUAUGCCGUGAACGCAGAUAUACCUGAACCGUCUGAAUCUGGGUUGGCAAACGAAUUCACACAGGAUCAAGAAAGUAUCACGGAAGGCCGGGCGGCCAGAGCUGGCGAUGGCAACAAUGUUAUGAAUGCUCGCGCGAAGGCAGCAGAGUCUGCACCACGGAGACCUCUGCCCAAGUGGUUUGCAUAUCUCUGGGAUCAAAACGUUUCCCCAUUCAGUAUUGUGCGAUGGACUGGACCAUUCGGCCCUCGUAUCGUGUCGGCGUGGACUUCACGACGCUUCUCUCAUUUACCAUCAGAGGAGGCUAAGGCUUUGCACGACUACUCGUACUCUAUAUUCCGCCUCCGAGGCAGCGGUGAAUAUGCUCUAGCCUAUAUACUCGCACCAGGAGCUUUCGCACGCAAUCCUCUUAUUCGGCGAAUACACGGCGUAGGCAGACAGAUAAUCCGGCCAUCGUCAGAGGAAGCUGCUUCCUCCACUAAUUCUUUAUCUGCCGCGGAGUCAACUGCCAAUUCUCAACUGGAAAGACGCGAGAAUGGAAUCCCUGUCGUUUUCAUGUACGGAGACCACGACUGGAUGGACGUCAGGGGUGGCCACGCAGCGAAGGCAAAGAUCGAAGAAGAGCAGCGCCGUAUUCUUCAGAAGGCGACUCCAGAGGAGAGACAGGCAGACACUGUUUCCGCUAAAGUUGUCAUUAUCAAGAAUGCCGGUCACCACCUGUACCUUGACGGGCCGGAUGAAUUCAACCAGGUCGUGUUAGAGGAGAUGGAAGAUGUGAGUCGAAGGGAAAGACAGAGGAGCCAAUAGAAAUCCGCAUUACUGCAUCUCGUUCGCGUACAAAGUCUCGAUAAAUUCCUCAACUUUCAUCCUUGGCGUGUUAGCUGUUCGUGAGAUAUGAAUAUUUUGGUCAUUCGUAUUGGGCUUUCGUGUUUAUUGUUUAUUUUCCCGUUAUCCGUUGGCAGUCUUCAACACUUAUGCCUAUGCCUAUGCAAGAUGUAUGAUAUACCUACCUACCUACCUACCUAGGGGACUACGCUCUAUCACGUUUACACUGUACAUAGACGAGUCAACCCCGAAUUUAGACUUAAGAAUAAUUUUCAAUUCCGUUAUGGGAAUUAUUAU